ACUGUUCCAGCUGUGUCUGAUGACCUGGAAACCGUCAGUACACGUGAGCUGUAUAACCGCUACAUCAAAGCACCAGAACCAAUGUCACGUGAUGGUUACCACACGGUGGACGGAUUGUUCGUCCCAAAGCUGUUCCCUGCCGAAAGCAUUCGUGAAGCCCUCGCUUACGAAGCUCGUCCGGAAGACGUCUUCAUCGUGUCUUACCCAAAAUGCGGCACAACCUGGAUGCAGCACAUCGUGUACCACAUCUUCAGCAAGGGGACUCCAUCGGAAGACCCUGAAGAGUUCCAAUCGAAGACGCCCUUCUUCGAGAUGAAAGGACAAGAAGGCGUGGAGAACCUUCCACGGCCAGCUGCCAUAAAGACACACCUCCCCUUCAACAAGCAACCGUACUCCGCUGAAGCUAAAUACGUGUACAUCACCAGAAACCCUUACGACUGUUGCGUUUCCUUCUUCUAUCAUGUCCGCAUGAUCACGACUCUGCAUUACGAAAACGGUUCCUUUGACGAUUUCUUUGAGAACUUCCUCAAAGGCGAAGUACCAUUCGGAAACUACUUUGACCAUCUCCUGUCCUGGUACCCUCAUAGAGACGACCCUAACGUUUUGUUCUUGACGUACGAGGAACUCAAGUGGGACAUCAGGUCUUCGAUUCAGAAGAUCGCUGACUUCCUGGGAGAUGAGUACGGCGAGGUACUACGUCGAGAUCCUUCCGCGUUGGAAAGGAUAGUUGAUCUGACAUCGUUUGAAAACAUGCAGAAAGUGGUCAAUCCAAUUAUGCGAGAUUUUGCGGGAAGGUUCCGUGGCAUUCCCGUGGAAGCGAUGCCGCUCUGGAUGCAACGUAUGGUCCGGUCGUGUGGAGAAGAGAUACUGAAGCCGUCGCAAGGCGACUUCGUGCGCAAGGGGGAGGUCGGACGUUGGAGGGACGAUUUUACGCCACUGCAAGCCGAAAGGAUGAAGGAGUGGAUCAAGAAGAACACUGCAGGUAGUGACGUCAUGGACCUCUGGAAGGACAUUAAUUUUGACUAUUAAGCCACGACCCCCUUGUGAUUGUAAGAGAGUUUCGAAUUCCUCCACAUCCGAAGUCCCCUCCGGUUAAGAUUUUUCACAGUCUAACAUAGCGGUGGUGGUGGUGGUGGUGGUGGUGAUAGGGCUUGCCGUUGUCGGCCUCACGUAUGCUAACAUAGCGUAUCUGCCCGAGACCCUCUGUCCUUCCAAUAAAAACACUGCAAGAAGGUGGAA